AUGUCCGACUUUCACUCUGGAACAUCAUUUGAACUCACUCAGAGUAAUCCCUCCAAGGGAGAUUCGGCUCUUCAAGUCAAAGUUCAGCCAGAAACGAUAGAUUCCACUAGUUCGUCACAACCAAGAACAAAAAAACCACCAUAUCCUUUAUUAAUUCCAGCAGUUCCAGCUCAAUCGUCAAGUUCCGGUAAUCGUACGAAACCUACGGCACCUUUGCGAACGACAAAAACAUCGCAGAAAUUAGUUUUACUACCUGAAGGAGAUGUUAAACCAGCUCUCGUGAUUGACGAAACUUCUGAUGAUGCCGAGACACCGGUAACUCCAAUGAUUCCUGUUCCAGCAGCAUGGGAUGGUACAGACGCUGAAAGAAUGUCAAAGGAAGUUAGGGACAAUAAACAUUAUCCUAGGUUAUAUGAUGAAUGUUUAUAUGCACCGUAUCAUUUUCCUUUAGUAUCUGGAAGACAUAGUAAAAUCGCAUCAACUGCUAUAAAGUCUCCGAAUGGAUACACGUUUAUGGAUAGGCAGAUUGAGAAUUAUGAAAAUAUCAAUGAUAUAUCCCAUUAUUUUUCAGUUGAUGAGGAUGGAGAAGCGGGCUCAUCUACAAUAAAGCCAGCAGCACCUCAAACUAAUCUAGGUGAAGUCUUCUACUUUAAUUAUGGAGUUGUAGUGAUUUGGAACUUCACAGAAGAACAAGAACAUUUGUUACUCCAAGAUAUUGAUGAAUUUAGGAUUUCAGCUCGUCCUACAAAAAAGGACGACAUUGAAGUCGAAACAUUUCAUUUUCAGUAUGAUGUUGAAUCCAAUAGACAGCCUAGGAUUUUUAACGAUAUGAUAACGCUAAAGACUGAUAAUCAUAUGAUCAAAUUAACGAUUAGCCAUGCAAUAAGUCAAAGUACCAAGCUGACAUUAUAUGAAUGGCAAAUGGAGAAUACGAUCGAGAGGACAAGGCAUAUACCAAAGAUGUUGGCACAAACCGGAAGAUUAAAUUUAGAUCGAAUUCAGGUUACAAAGUUGAGUGGAGAGAUGUUCAAGCUGCGAAUGAAUGUAAAUCUAGUAUCCAAUGUAUUAGCUUAUCUCGAAAUACCUCAACGCGUGGACCUUUUAAAUGAACGAUGUAGUGUCAUUAGUGAUUUAUUAGAUAUGUUGCGUGAGGAUAUUGGCAACUCAAAUAUGACAAGAAUUACGUGGAUUAUUAUCUGGUUGAUCGUUGUCGCAGUCUUCGUUGCUAUUGGUGAAAUCGCUGUAAAAGCAUUACAUUUUUAUGGUUAG